CCGUAGUAUAAGUCAACAAAUAUUUUAUAGACAAUUUUGUUAUUAUUAGUAUUCCAAUUGCAUGGCUGUUAACUACAAAAAGGGCUUGCGAACUUAUGAAAAUGAAAAGUUUGACAGAAAUGAAACUGUCGUUGGGGAUGAAGAUGAUGAUCAACAAUAUUAUGAGGAAAUUGCUGAGUAUGUUGAUAAUGCGUCGGAAGAAAAAAAGAAUCAAAACAAAUAUACAGGUUGGAAUGAACGUGGUAAAAGUAAAUCUAGAAAUUCACACAACAAGAAAAAGUUUGGGAACAACAGAAAUGAAAACACAAAAGACAUAGAAUUACAACUACCUAUUAAACAAAGACUGGAGCGUGUUGGAGUAGUGAACAGAACGUGGAGAACUGCAUGUGUAGUAUCUGGCUUUGUAUGUAUUGGUUUAAUGUCAGUUAUUGGUGUGCUAGUGUGGUUACUACUAUCAACGAAGGUGUCUCAAUGUGAUCAUGAACUCGAACGAAGUCUUCCUAAUGGAAAUCACUCCGUUUCCACAGACAAACCAAUCAGCAACUGCCAUACUGGUUUUUAUGGAGAAAGAUGUGAAGCUGAAGAAACUACAAAACUCCUAUAUACAAUCCAGACCAGCAUACGGCUACUUGAUGAAAAUAGUAGUAUUAAGAUAGAAAUAGCUAACACUUCAAAUGCACUGGAUAUUGAUUAUCACGAAACAAAAGGCUUUGUGUACUGGACGGAAUUGGAAUCAGCAAAAAUUUCAAGAACUCGUUAUCCGCCAACCAGCAGUGAAAGGAUUGUAGAAGUUAUUGUUUCAGACAGUAAAGGCAUUCCUGAUAGUAUUGCAGUUGAUUCUGAUAAUGAUCACAUCUAUUGGACAGACAGAGGACUUGACAGAAUAAUGAGAUCAAAUUUAGAUGGUUCAAAUAAAAUUCUAAUUUUAGAUACUGGUCUCAAAAUGCCCAGAGCAAUAGAACUAGAUACAACCGAUCGAUGGAUAUAUUUUAGUGACUGGGGCUCUACACCGAAAAUUGAAAAGUGUAUGUUUGAUGGAAGUAGUAGGCAGACAAUCAUCACGACUGAUGUUAAAUGGCCGAAUGGCAUUGCAUUAGAUUUCUUUCAAAAACGGCUAUACUGGUGUGACGCAGGACUGAACCAGAUCAAAUCUGCCAAAUUCGAUGGUUCUGAUGUACAAGUCAUAUUAAAAAGUUCUCUUUUAGUGCCAAAACCCUUUAAUAUUGACAUUGAUGACGAUAACAUAUACUUUACAGACUUCGAUAAUCAAGCAAUUUUUAAAUUGUCAAAAUCAUCAUUAACACUAGAAACCGUACAAAAAGGAAAUGGCCAUCCAUUGGGUUUGAAAGUUUAUAGAGUAAGUCUUGGUAAGGAUAAGAUACAUCAACAUCAACUGCAGAACAAGAAACAACAUUAGGAACUACCUCAAAAGAUUCAAUAACGAUAAAAACAGAACUUCAAACAACAGCAGUAACUAGCGAGCAAGAAACAACA